AUAAGUUCACUCAAAAGCCACAAAUGCGUUCCCCGCACUAGAAGUUGGUUCUUUAUUCUAUGGUGACCCAGUGCGCGAGCUGUUGUAGUUCAGUCGUUCGAUUAGUAAGCCAUUUCUUGGGUUAUAUUCGUUUAUCGGGGAAAACAGACUCGUCUUUCACCUCGCCAGUUAAUCGUGCGUCGUUUAAAGUGAACGAAGUUUCGUGGCGCGGUAUCAGAGAAAGUCGUCGACAUUCGGGCUCGCUGUCACAUCGGGUUCAGCGAACGGUGCGGUACCACGCCGUUGCAGUGGCACGUGUUGUGACACCAUUUGACACUUGAGCGUCGCGCGCUCCGUCAGUUGUCGAGAGAUCGUGGGUGUCCGCCCGGCCAGCGCCAUUCCCCUCCUGCAUCGACUGCGAUGGCCGAGACGCAACUGCUGCCGCCGAUGGGAGCCCAAACGAAGGUUGACGGAUUGCCCGCGUCCACCGAGAAGUCGGUGAAACGCCACGACAACCGUGCGACCGUUUCCGAGAACUUGGAGCAGGCCAAGGCUUGCAAACUGGCAGGCAACGAGCUUUACAAGGGUGACAAAAUAAAGCCGGCAAUCCGCAAGUACCACGAGUGUCUGUUGUACCUGCGGGCCUGUCAGGCCCGGUACGACAUGCCCCUCACCGGUACAUUCGGCCCCAAACUAGACGACUUGACAAAGGCGCAGGUGGAAAAGCUUCAAACUGACUGCUACAACAACCUUGCUGCAUGCCUGCUGCAGCUACCGACGUGCAAUUACAACCGGGUGGUGCAGUACUGCAACAUUGUCUUGACGAUGCAGCCCAAUAAUGCCAAGGCCAUUUUUCGCAAGGGUGUUGCUCACUACAAAAUGGGCAGCUUCAGUCUCGCGCGGCAGUACCUGAAUGAUGCCAGAAGGCUGCGCAGGGGCACAGGUGAGUGUUGCCGACAUUUCACAAUGCGCAGGUUAACGCUUGGGCCUACCCGCUCAUUUUAGUAGCUUUAGUGCCUU